AUGCGGCAAGUGCAAGGAAGGUGUCGGGUUCUGCUCGCAGGUGGCAUUGGUGCUGGAAUCUUAUGGACCUGCCAGGGUGCAUUCUUCUCCUCCAUUUGCGACCGAGUGGCGGCCGCAGAGGACCGAGAGGCACAGAGCGUGACAGCCGAGUUGGCGGGCUCCUUCGCAUUGGUCUUCCUCGCCAUGGAGGCCGUGGUGCGCGCAUCUGCCACGCUCUUCACCAAGUACGCGCACUUGGAUUACCCCGUCGUGUUCUGCAUCUUCUCCGGCCUUGCAGUUGUAUCAACCCUGGCAUUUAUGGCCUUUGCCACGGAGGUGAAUGGUGGCGGACCGCGGGGCUCCAUGUGUGCCAAGGCGUUGGCGGCGGUGCGCCUGUGGAAGGAUCCAAAGAUCUGGGUUCUUCAGUGCACGAACCUGACCUUCGGCUUUGCGGCCGCGUGGUUGGGGGGCUACGUUGGCAGGCAAAUCCUAUCUCCUGCUCUGGGAGGCAGUGAGUUCAUUGGCUUCGCAGGUGCCAUGCUCUCAGCCUUGGCCAGCGGCCUCUCAAAGGUGCUUGGCGGCGUCGCCGCGAAAGUGGGCAAGGGCCCAGUCGUAUCUUUGGGAGCGCUAGCCUUCCUGAUGCUCGGCUUGCUGAGCCGGUAUGUUGGUCAGCCUGCCACGUGGGGAUGGGGUGCUCUUGUAUUCUACGGGCUGAUGGGCAUUGGCCGAGCGGUGUAUGAGAGCACCAACAAGGCCAUUUUCGCCGACUUCUUCCACGGUGAGGAGCCUCAAGUCAAGUCAAAGUGCCCAAAGCAUGACACCUUGGAGACAAGCCUAGGUUGUUGUUUGAGCUAUCCAGCUAAGUGCUUUUCCCACAGAUGA